UGCAAAAUAAAAAAUAUUUAAAAAAUAAUCCUUUCAGACCUUGAUCAGCGUCAUUUAUGUAUUCAAUACGUAUAAUUACUAAAAUAGUGAUUCGGUGUGAUAAAUGUAUAAGCAAUUAGUGAUUUCUGAAUAAUUUGAAGGAACUAUUAAUUACCGGAAGACACGACACAUUUUGGAGCUCUGCAGUAAAGUAGUGCUUGUAAAGGUUAUAAAACCGCUGCCGACGCUGAAAGUAUCUGAAUUUUUUUUUUUUUUUUUUUCAUUUCUCGGAGUAUACCUGUAGUAAAUUCACCUUCAGCGGCUUCUCUAAAAGAAAUUGAUGCCUGACUAAAUACCUACUACUAGUUAUUUGCUCAAGAUCACUGCGAGGAUACAUAUAAAAAGAGACAAAGAGAGAGAGGGAGAGAGGAAUGGAUUAAUCAAGAGUGUUACGCUCGUCAUCACAAGUAAUAUUAAGUACCACCUUGGCACUGGAGCACUAAAAGGUUCAUCAUCACAAUGGCAGACACCGCUGCUACGACAACCUCAUCUGGGAAUACUCAGCAAAAUAAAAGGCCAAAUUUUUCCAAUGGAGUCAAUAAAAUAACGCAAAGUUUAGCUACUGGUAAACCCGGUACUGCCAAGAAACUUAUUAUAAAAAAUUUUAAAGAAAAGCCAAAACUUCCUGAAAAUUAUCAAGAAGAAACAUGGAAAAAACUUAGAGAGGCUGUUGUGGCCAUACAAACUAGUAAAAGUAUUCGUUAUUCUUUGGAAGAGCUUUACAAAGCUGUUGAAAAUAUGUGUAGUCAUAAAAUGGCAUCAACACUUUACAGCAGCCUCACCAUUCUUGUAGAAACACACGUGAAGGCAAACAUAGAACAAUUUUUAGCUGAAUCCAUGGAUAGACAUAUAUUUCUCAAAAAGAUGAAUGAAUGCUGGCAGUCCCAUUGCAGACAAAUGAUAAUGAUCAGAAGUAUAUUUCUUUACCUUGAUAGAACUUAUGUUUUGCAAAAUCCCGUGAUACUAUCUAUAUGGGAUAUGGGCUUGGGCUUAUUUAAAAAACAUAUUGUGGAAAAUAAUUUAGUCCAGACUCGCACUGUGGAAGGGCUUUUAAUGUUGAUUGAGAAGGAGCGUCAAGGAGACACGGUCGAUCGGACCUUGCUCAAAUCGCUUUUGCGAAUGCUCUCUGAUUUGCAAAUUUAUCAAGAUGCUUUUGAAUCCAAGUUCCUUAUAGCCACAGAAAGAUUAUAUGCAGCAGAAGGUCAAAAACUGAUGCUGGAGCAUGACGUGCCGGAAUACUUAGCGCACGUUGACAAACGACUGCAAGAGGAGAAUGAAAGACUUUUGCACUAUCUCGACAAUACCACUAAAUGGCCAUUGAUUCACACAGUAGAAAAACAGUUGCUGUCCGAACACGUAAGUAGUAUUUUACAGAAAGGGCUUAGCGGAUUGCUUGAUGAAAACAGAAUCAGCGAUUUGUCUUUACUUUAUAACUUGUACAGUCGAAUCAAAAAUGGCUUGGUAGAACUAUGCUUAAACUUUAAUUGCUACAUCAAGAAAAGGGGAAAAACGAUAGUUAUAGAUCCAGAAAAAGAUAAAACUAUGGUGCAAGAAUUGUUAGAUUUCAAAGAUAAAAUGGACAACAUUGUAAAUACCUGUUUUCACAAAAAUGAAAAAUUUGCAAACAGUUUAAAAGAAGCUUUUGAAGCUUUUAUAAAUCAAAGAGCGAAUAAACCUGCAGAACUUAUAGCAAAGUUCGUCGAUUGUAAAUUGCGUGCUGGCAAUAAAGAAGCUACCGAGGAAGAGUUAGAAAGGCUGCUAGACAAGAUUAUGGUUCUAUUCCGCUUUAUUCAUGGAAAGGACGUAUUUGAAGCGUUUUAUAAAAAAGACCUGGCCAAGAGACUGCUGGUGGGAAAAUCGGCGUCAGUCGACGCAGAAAAAUCCAUGCUGUCCAAACUGAAACAAGAAUGCGGUGGAGGUUUUACAAGUAAACUUGAAGGCAUGUUCAAGGACAUGGAGUUAAGCAAAGACAUAAAUAUUGCAUUCAAGCAGUACUCGGGUAAUCUACAAAAUGAACUAAUAGCAAGUAAUCUGGACCUCACCGUUUCUAUCUUAACAAUGGGUUAUUGGCCGACGUAUCCUGUUAUGGAAGUCACUUUGCCACCAGAAAUGGUCCAGUAUCAAGAUGUGUUUAACAAAUUUUAUUUAGGAAAACACAGUGGCAGGAAACUGCAAUGGCAGCCUACUUUAGGUCACUGUGUACUCAAGGCAUGGUUCAAUCAGGGCAAAAAAGAACUACAGGUCUCGCUAUUCCAAGCGCUUGUUCUAAUAUUAUUCAAUGAAACAGACCAUUUGUCUUUUGAGGAAAUUAAAGCAGCAACAAACAUUGAAGAUGGUGAACUAAGGAGAACGUUACAAUCGUUAGCUUGUGGCAAGGCACGCGUACUCCAAAAAAAUCCAAAAGGUCGUGAUGUCGCUGAUAACGACAGAUUCAUCUUUAACGCCGACUUUACGAAUAAAUUAUUCAGAAUAAAAAUAAACCAAAUACAAAUGAAAGAGACUAACGAGGAGCAAAAAGCCACGGAAGAGCGGGUCUAUCAAGAUAGACAGUAUCAAAUAGACGCAGCAAUUGUGAGAAUAAUGAAAAUGAGGAAAACAUUAACACACAAUCUUCUUAUUAGUGAACUGUACAAUCAACUCAAAUUUCCAGUGAAGCCUGCCGAUUUGAAAAAACGAAUAGAAUCAUUGAUAGAUCGUGACUAUAUGGAAAGAGACCGAGAUAAUGCCAAUCAAUACAACUACGUCGCGUAACCUUCUCACGUAAAUACCAAAGGUUCAUCGAGUUCGAUUGCAAUGAAGUUUUAUAAUAAAAGUAAAAAAAAAAUGCAAGUCAUAGUAAAAAAAAAAUAAUAUAACUUUUUUGUAAUAAAAGGUCACUUAAAAAUAAUGAAUGAAAUUGUUCGAUAAAAGAUUCUGUUAAUGAAUUUGGAUUAUUGAACAAAAACUGAUCAAUUACAGAGGAAGUGAUUUUUGACGAAAUGCUAGUAAUAAAAAAGUAACGUUUAAGUCAAAUAAAAAAUGUUGCGUUGAAAA